GAUACGUGUAUUGUCUACGCUCCUCUCCAUCCAAGUGAGGCAUUUCUAAGGGACCAACAACGGAAAAAAGAUUACUUUCACCAAAGAUUCAGCCGCAUUUGAAUCAAACGGGAGGCUCAGCUACCCCAAGCUGGAUCUAUUUAGAACGCAAUUCCGUUAUCAUCACGCUGUGUGCUCCUGUGAUGGACUGCCUGUGAAUUAAAACACGAAACACAACUUUUCGGUCUUCUAUUUCUGGAAGAUUCGUUGAUUUUCCCCUGGUUUUCAAACUAUUCAUUAAUGUUUAGGUAUUCGUUGUGGAAGUAUGACAUCAGUGCACUGUGAUGGGUGGUGAUUCACGAUUUCAACGGCGGAAUAUCAACGGCACUUCCUCGUACGCUCUGUACAAAAUGAGUUAUGAUUAGUAGCGUUUACAUUCUUCCCACAGUGGCUGGUGUUCUUUAUUGAAUAUCGACUCAAAUUCAAACCCGGAAUGGGUGUCCAUGCAACAAGCGACUGUGUGAACGGUACUCUGCUUCUCAGCAGUUGUGCGCACAUUUAGAAGGAAUAAGGCAUUGCUAAACCCGUCGGUAGACUAAACCAGAAUAAUCUGCACACCUGCACAUUUUUUUCUACACAUGGACUUACUUUGGACGAUAUACCACCUUGAUUUCAUAGAAGUAUAAUUUUAAAAAAGUGCCUCGGUGAAUCUGGUAUUUUCUUCUGAAUCGAAGUCGGAGGAGGCAGGAGGAAGAUAACGAGAUAGAGAAGGACCAUGGCCAGGCUAAGGCAUGGUGGUGGUGUGGUUCUGAACAAACCCUGCUUUACGUGGCAAGUGUUGUGGGUGAUGAAAGCUCUAUUCGACCUCACAGCAUCGCAGGAAAUUUACGCACCGCAUUCCAUAAGAAUGGAGGGAGACCUGACCCUUGGUGGCCUCUUCCCUGUGCACGCCCGGGGGAUCCCGGGGGAACCGUGUGGCGACAUCAAGAAAGAGAACGGGAUCCACCGCCUCGAAGCUAUGAUGUACGCCUUGGAUCAAAUCAACAGUGAUGACGAGCUUUUGCCCAAUAUCACCCUAGGUGCCCGGGUGCUCGAUACGUGUUCUAGGGAUACCUAUGCUCUGGAGCAGUCUCUGACUUUUGUGCAGGCACUCAUACAAAAAGACACUUCGGACGUGAGGUGUUUGAACGGUGAGCCACCAGUGUUCGUCAAGCCAGAGAAAGUUGUUGGAGUGAUUGGAGCUUCAGCGAGUUCUGUAUCAAUCAUGGUGGCGAACAUAUUACGUCUCUUUCAGAUUCCUCAGAUCAGCUAUGCCUCCACGGCCCCGGAGCUGAGCGACGACCGACGAUACGACUUCUUCUCUCGCGUGGUGCCUCCGGACUCAUUCCAAGCCCAAGCCAUGGUGGACAUAGUCAAGGCCAUGGGCUGGAACUACGUAUCUACCGUCGCGUCAGAAGGAUCCUAUGGAGAGAAGGGAGUGGAUGCCUUUCAUCAGCUGUCCAGAGAAUCAGGUGGGAUCUGCAUCGCUCAGUCCUUAAAGAUCCCUCACAAUCACAAGCAGGAGAACUUCGACAAGAUCAUCAGGCUGCUUCUGGAGACUCGUUACGCCCGGGCAGUCAUCCUCUUCGCAUCAGAUGAGGACAUACGGGGUAUCCUGAACGCCAGUAAGAGGGCGGACCAGGUGGGUCAUUUCCUGUGGAUCGGUUCAGACAGCUGGGGAGCCAAGAUCAGCCCUGUCCAUCAGCUAGAGGAAGCAGCAGUGGGAGCUGUCACUAUCCUGCCAAAAAGAGCAACCAUCGCCGGAUUUGAUGCCUACUUCACAUCGCGGACGCUGGAGAACAACAGGAGAAACGUCUGGUUCGCAGAAUACUGGGAGGAGAACUUCAACUGUAAACUAAUGAGCUCUUCCAAGAAGGAAGACACCAGCAGGAAAUGCACAGGCCAAGAGCGGAUUGGGACGGACUCUAAGUACGAGCAAGAGGGGAAGGUUCAGUUUGUGAUCGAUGCAGUGUACGCCGUGGCCCACGCCCUUCACAACAUGCAGAGAGACCUGUGUCCCAACGUCUCUGGGAUCUGUCCCGAUAUGGACCUGGCCGGGGGCAAAAAACUGCUCAAGUACAUUCGCAGUGUCACGUUCAAUGGAAGUGCUGGGACGUCAGUGAAUUUCAACAGGAACGGUGAUGCUCCGGGACGUUACGACCUGUUCCAGUAUCAGAUCAACAACAACAGCUCCCCGGGGUACAAGAACAUUGGACAGUGGACAGAGACAUUACAGCUCAACAUCGAGGAUAUGCAGUGGGCUAACAGACAGACAGAGAUCCCCAGCUCUGUGUGCAGUCAGCCCUGCAAGACAGGACAGAGGAAGAAGGCAGUGAAAGGCAUGCCGUGUUGCUGGCACUGUGAACCCUGUGACGGCUACCAGUACCAGUAUGAUGAAACAUCCUGCAAGCUGUGCUCCUACAGCAUGAUGCCCAACCCCAACAGGACGGCAUGUCAGCCCAUCCCCAUCGUGAAGCUGGAGUGGCACUCCCCUUGGGCAGUGAUCCCCGUCUUCCUCGCCAUGCUGGGUAUCAUCGCCACCAUCUUCGUCAUGGCAACCUUCAUCCGCUACAACGACACGCCCAUUGUCCGUGCGUCGGGCCGUGAACUGAGCUAUGUCCUCCUCACCGGGAUCUUCCUCUGUUACAUCAUCACCUUCGUCAUGAUCGCCAAGCCCGACAUCGCCAUAUGCUCGUUCCGCCGGAUCUUCCUGGGUCUGGGCAUGUGCAUCAGCUACGCCGCGUUACUCACCAAAACCAACCGGAUCUACCGAAUCUUUGAAGAAGGUAAGACGUCUGUGACGGCACCCAGGCUGAUCAGCCCGACCUCUCAGCUGGCCAUCACUUCUUCCCUAAUUUCCGCUCAGCUACUGGGUGUGUUCGUCUGGUUCGGUGUGGAUCCCCCAAACACCGUCAUCGACUACGACGAACAGAAGACAUUCAACUCAGACCAGGCUAGAGGAGUGUUGAAAUGUGACAUCACGGAUCUACAGAUUAUCUGCUCGCUGGGUUAUAGCAUCCUACUCAUGGUCACGUGUACGGUGUACGCCAUCAAGACGCGGGGCGUCCCGGAGAACUUUAACGAGGCCAAGCCCAUUGGAUUCACGAUGUAUACCACCUGUAUCGUUUGGCUAGCCUUCAUUCCCAUCUUCUUUGGAACAGCUCAGUCUGCAGAAAAGCUAUAUAUCCAGACCACCACCCUCUGUAUCUCUAUGAAUCUUAGUGCCUCGGUGGCCUUGGGGAUGCUUUACAUUCCUAAAGUCUAUGUCAUCAUCUUCCACCCGGAGCUUAAUGUCCAGAAGAGGAAGAGGAGCUUCAAGGCGGUGGUGACGGCCGCGUCCCUAACCACACGCCUCUCACACAAGACCAGUGACAGGCCCAAUGGAGAGGCCAAGACGGAACUGUGUGAAAACAUUGAUCCAAACAGUCCGGCAGCAAAGAAGAAGUAUGUGAGCUACAAUGACAUUGUGAUCUAACAGCCAUCAUCCGAGAGAAGGGCAGGCUGUUUGGAGAUGCUCGGUCUCCUGCCCCUCCUGCCCAAUUGGCAACAUAAAGGAAAUCCAAACUAUGUUUAUGUCCAUGCUGCUUUUACUGCCCACUCACACCCCGGAACCCGCAGAACCCCCCGGAACCCCGGAACUCCAGAACAACACAGUGACAAUGGGUGGGUUCUGGGUUCUAGAGCUUUCCUUUCAAACAGAGGAUUCUGUCUGGCUAACUGAUGUUUUUUUCAUGGUGGAAAAUCAAGACGGACAUUUCUGUUGGGAGCAAAAUAAUUUUCAAAAUAAUUUGUUUUGUUAAAUGAUUUCAGAGAGAAAAAAAAAGAGGCAGAGAACUGGUUUGGACAAAAAACCUGUGUUCCUCCUCAGGAUUAGAGUGUGUCUCUGCAGACCCCUCAGAGCUGGCCCCCCACUCCCUAUAGGUGUGUCUCUACAGGUACGCUGGCUGCAGCAGGAGGACACACCUGUACUGGAGGACUCAGCUGUACUGGAGGACACGCCUGUACUGGAGGACACACCUGUACAGGAGGACUCACCUGUCCUGGAGGACUCAUCUGUCCUGGAGGACUCACCUGUCCUGGAGGGCUCAUCUGUACUGGAGGACUCAUCUGUACUGGAGGACUCACCUGUGCUGGAGGACUCACCUGUGCUGGAGGGACUUACCUUUAAUUGACCUACCUGUACCUGCCAUGGGGCUGUUUCUUGUCUUUUAAUGUCCUUCCAAAUUGCAAUUUUUCCAAAAUUCCUGUCGAAAAGAAAGUUUGAGGAUCUAUUGGCCUAUCCGUUACAUUUGUUGUAGAUUUUCUAAAGAUCUCAAUGUAUUUCUUCUUUGCUGCUUGGAUGCACAGUCAAUUAAAGCCAUAUUCUUGUCUCUGAGAUGUCAAGUAUUUUAUCACGUUUUCGAUUCUGGCUGUAUGUCGGUCGACAAGAAAGACGCACGGAAUCUGAUUUUUACAUUCCCUUAUAUUUGUUUGGGGAGUUUUCUACAGACAUGCUUUUAGUAUGUUGAACGGGUACAGUAACAUUAAACCAUCGACUGUGUUUUCAGUAUGUUGAACAGGUACAAUACAUUGACCAUCGACUGUGUUUUCAGUAUGUUGAACGGGUACAGUAACAUUAAACCAUCGACUGUGUUUUCAGUAUGUUGAACAGGUACAGUAACAUUAAACCAUCGACUGUGUUUUCAGUAUGUUGAACGGGUACAGUAACAUUAAACCAUCGACUGUGUUUUCAGUAUGUUGAACAGGUACAAUACAUUGACCAUCGACUGUGUUUUCAGUAUGUUGAACAGGUACAAUACAUUGACCAUCGACUGUGUUUUCAGUAUGUUGAACAGGUACAAUACAUUGACCAUCGACUGUGUUUUCAGUAUGUUGAACAGGUACAAUACAUUGACCAUCGACUGUGUUUUCAGUAUGUUGAACAGGUACAGUAACAUUAAACCAUCGACUGUGUUUUUAAAGUGACUAAACGAGAGCUCCAGCGCCCAGUCCGGUCAAGGCUUUAUUAGCUUGAUAUAAAAACUAGACUGAUUCCAGUGGGUUUCAGAUUUAGUUUCUCUCCCCCCGUGUAGAAGUUGUCGAUGCAUGCCUGCUAUGUUUGAUGUUAAGAUUAAGUCAAAGAAUAUAUAUACAAAUAUACAAAAAGAUGGAGAUUUCACAACACGUGAUUCACUAGCCUUGCUUUUAAUGGCAUACAAGAUGACUAUUAUUAUUCAUGUUAUUAUAAUCCUUUUUGGUUGGUUGACAUCUUCUCACUGAAGGUAGAAUAUGGCUUUAAUUUCGUCUUGGAUUUUUCUUAAUGCCCUGCAACUAUGGAAAACAAUUGUGGGGAAAAAUAACAUGAAUAUAUAUAUAUAUAUAUAUAUAUUUAAAAACAAAACACACAAAAUAAAAAACAAGUCUGUUUUUAUACUGUUUGUACUAAGUAUAUUCAUGUUGCCCUUGCUGCUUAUGUGCCAAUGUUGUGUGAGAUUUAAAAAAAAAAUAUAUAUAUAUGUUUGACCUUUGACUCAUGCAACUUUUAUGUGGUGUUCUCCGAGAAUGUAUCAACAUGAAAUACAACCAUUUGGUAUUUUUUUCCUUUCUUUUAUAUUCCCUGAAAACACCUUAUUGUACUUGUUUUCCUUUGAGGACAAAGCAUUUCAUCACCAUGUGCUGACAUUCAAAAGUACCUUCAUAAUCAAUAAUAAUUACAAUAGGUUUUGGAGUAAGGUGUUUCUGUCUUCUUUACCCAUACAGGGGUUUGUCCCCUUAUUCUGUCAUGAAGAAAGUGAUUCCAUUCUUCCACACAAUCCAACCAGCGACUCUCCAUGCAAUCUCUUACCUACAGGUACCUAAAAUAAACGUUAUCACUGUCUAGUUUAACAAUGCCUCAAGGGUGGAUUGUCUGACUUGAAAAGUAAUUGUUUACUUCAUAAGUAUCUCGACUACUGUGCCAGUCUGCAUAUAUACAGUACCUUGCGAAAGUAUUCGGCCCCCUUGAACUUUGCGAAAUUUUGCCACAUUUCAAGGUUCAAACAUAAAGAUAUA